AUGAGCUCCGUGCCCAGUGAGCCUGGUGACCGGGACGCCACCCAGCUAUCGCCGCUGGGGCUGGACGCUGUGAUCCAGAGACUGUGGGACACCGUCCUGAGCCCCUUGGCCAGCAGAGCGGACCGGGCACUGACCGUGCGUGGAGAUGGCCCGCAGGCCUCGCUCACCUCCCUGCCUGCCCGCAUCCGUGAGAUCGUGGCUGGCAGCCUGGGCGAGGAGCCCCCUCAAGGGCUGCGGGAGCCGCCAGUGGCCCAGGCGGGCGCCCCGGAGGAGAGGGGGCUCCCACAGGGGGAGCUGGUGCAGCUGGAGCACCUGCUGGCCCAGGCAGGCCCGGAGCGGGAGGAGCUGGUCAGCAGGUGCAGCGCGGUCAGCGAGCUUGUGAGUGUGCUUCCCGCCCAGAUGCAGGCGCGGCUGCACAGGUCAGAGCUGGACCACAGUGCGGACCUGGAGGAGGCCCUGGGCCGCCUGGAGGCCGCCGAGCAGAGGAGCGCCGGCCUCUCCCAGGUCAACAGCCUCGUCCGAGAACAGCUGGAGCAGCUGAAGAAGGCUAACGAGGCGCUGGCCCGGGAGCUGGCCGGGUCCAGAGGCCUUGUGCUCCGCCUGCAGGGCGAGCUGGAGCCGAGGGAGCCGAGGCCCGAGGCCCAGAGACAGACCCCCCGGAUGGGCCCAGCGGAGGCCUGGGGCAUCCUCCUCCUGUGGAGACAGACCUCGGGGCUCCAGGCACAGCUGGCCGAGCUGCGGGCGGCCACUAAGAGGGGCCUGGCUGACCUGCAGGCAGAGGUGGCCAGGGCUGCCCGGCGCCUGCACAUGGCCUGCCUGAACCUCGAUUCCAACCUGCGCCAGGCGGCCAGCAGCAAGGCUGCUGCCCUAGAGCGGCGUCUGCGGGAGCAGGUGACGGAGACGCUGCAGCUGCAGGCCAGGUGGGCGCCCCUCGGGCAGGCGGGGGGGGUACAGCAGCUACAGGCCAGACUCCAGGAGCAGACACUGCUGGUGGAGGAGCUCAGGAACCAGGAGCUGCCGGGGGCGGCCAUGGCCGGGCUCGGGGAGCAGCCGUCUGAGAGCCGGCGAGAGCUGCGGGCCUCGCGGAAGCACCUGACUGAGCAGGCGCACGAGGGCCAGGACCUGCUGGCCCCGGGAAGCCAGGGGCGCCCGCGGCAGCCGCAAGAAGUCUCGGGACUCAGGAAGGAGCUGGCGCGGGCACAGCUGCAGAGGGCGGCCCUGGAGCGCGAGUGCGCAGGCCUGCGGCAGGCCCUAGACCGGGCCAAGUCCAACAACGCAGACCUGGAGCUGCUCGUCCUGCGGCUCAAGUCGGAGGGCGCGGACCAGAGGGACUCCCUGGCCAGCAUGGCUGCCCUGCUGGACGGGCUGGCCAGGGACAAGGGCGCCCUCAACCGCCUGGUACUCCAGCUGGAGCAGGAGCGGGACCGGCUGCAGGAGCAGCGGAAGGCGCUGGAGCAGGAGCGGGCAGACGCUGGGGAGCAGCUGGCGCGGGCGGAGCAGCAGCUGGCGAGUGAGCGGGAGGCACGGAGAGCCGUGCAGCAGGCCUGCGCGCACCUGCAGGGCCAGGUGGACCAGGUGUGCACGGGCGCUUCCCUGCCAGGCCGCCGGCUUCACUUGCGGGUCACUUGCAAGAAGCAGGCCCUGGAGGAGCGGCUGGCGCAGAGCCUGCAGGCACAGGAGGCCCAGCUGGACACCCUGCGGCAGGCCCUGAGGGAGAAGGACGCCCUGUCUGAGCAGCAGGCCCAGCUGCUGGCCGGCCAGGAGGCCCUGAAGAGGCAGGGCCAGCUCACAGCAGAGAUGGCCGCGGAUCUCAGGGCCGAGAGGGACUCUCUGGAGAGCAGCCUCUUCGGGGCCCAACAGCUGGCGGCGCGGCUGCAGGCUGAGCAGGAGCAGCUGGCGGGAGAGGCCCAGCGCGCCCGGCUGCACCAGCAGACCCUGCAAGAGGAGCUGGAGCAGCUGAAGAGGCACUGGGCGCUCCAGGAGACGCGGCUGCGGUGGGACCUGGAGCAGCUGCAGAGGCCGAAGGAGACCCUGAGUCUGUCCCUGGCAGAGAAGGAGGUGGCCCCACGCCGGCUGCAGCAGUGGGUGGCUCUGCAGGAGCAGGUGCAGAGCGCCAGGCAGGGGCGGGGCGAGGGCCACCGCCGGCUGCAGCAGCAGACACAGCAGGCCCUGUCUCUGAGCGAGGCUGAGAAGCACCUGCUGAGCAAGGAGCUGUCCAGGGCCACACGGGAGCUGGAGCAGGUACGGCAGGAGGCCCAGAGCCGGCAGGAGCAAGCCGAGGCCGCUGCCAGCCACGCGACGCGGGAGCUGAGGGCCCUGCAGGCCCAGCUGGAGGACGCCGUCUCUGCCCGCCACAGAGAGGCCACGGAGCGAAGCGAUCUGGGCAGAGAGGCCAAGGAGCUGCGGGCACGGCUGGGUGCGGCCCAAGAGGCGCUGGCCGAGCUGCGCCAGGAGCUGCGGAGCCGGGAGCAGAGCUGUGAGGAGCUGCACCGGGCGCUGGACGCCGGGGCCUGCGAGCGGGACGUGCUGCAGGUCUCCAACGCCGAGCUGCGGGCCGCCCUCCGCAGGGCCGUGCGGGAAGGGGCCAGCUUUAAGCGGUGCAAGGAGGAGAAGGCGCAGAAGCUGCUGGUCCUGCAGGAGGCCGUGGCGGUGGCUCGGCAGGAGGCGGCCAUGCUGUGGGCCCGGCUGCGGCAGCGGGAGGGGGCUCAGGCGGACGCCCUGCGGGAGCUCCAGGAGCACCGCACACAGGUGAGGGCCCUCGGCCUGCGGAGACGGCCCCCAGCUGCAGGGACCCAUCCCCCGUGCUCCCAGGGCCACGCCCUGCGCAGACCCAGGCCCCAGGCCAGGCCGCAGCCAGGAGCACUCGGCCUGAGCUUCCCUCGGGGAGCAGAGGCAGGAGUUGGGGAGCCGCCUGGCUCGCUGUCUCAUCACAGCAUCCCCACACACCAUGCGAGGACCCUGGAGGCCGAGAACCAGAGGAAGAGCCAGGAGGUGAGCCAGGUGCAGGCCCGGGGCGGGCAGCACGGCCGGCAGGAGGUGCUAGAGCUGUAGGGACAGGUGGCCAAGGCCCGGGCCGCCCGCGAGGGCACCUGCACGGACGUCCUGGGGCUGCGGCGCCGCCUGGCAGAGGUGGAGGUGGCUGGGGAGGCCCGGGCACGGCAGCUGGAGGAGCGGCUGCAGCAGAGCCAGCAGGCGGAGCGGGGCCUGAGGGCCGAGCUCCGGGGCGCCACCCGGAGGCUGCAGCUGGCCAGCAGCGCGGCCGAGGGCCUCUGGGCUCGCCUGGAUGGAGCCCGCCGCAGGGUCCACAGCCCGGAGCAGGAGCUGGCCCAGGCCAAGGCUGCCCGGCAGGCCGCCGAGGCCCUGCUGACUCAGCUGUGCUCCACGCUCCGUGGCAGCCUGGGGCCGCGGGGACGGAGCCCGGCCACCUCCCCAGGGAGAGAUGCCCGCAGCCCGCUGGCUGGCCCCAGGUGGCCUGAGCCGCAGCCUGGAGAUGGCGGCCCCUGGGUCGCAGACCUGAACUGCGUGGAGGACGCCCUGGGGGACUUCGUGCAGGAGCUGGCAGAUGCCCGGCGGGAGCGGGAUGACGCCCGUGUCCAGCUGGCCAGCCUGACCAGCCGGCUGAAAGAAACACAGAGCCACCUGGGGCAGCUGCAGCAGGCCCUGGCUGAGGCCGAGGAAGGCCGGCGGCAGGCGGAGGACGCGCUGAGCAGCGCCCGGGUGUCACAGGCCCUGCAGAAGGAGGCGCCCAGGCAGCGGGAGACAGAGCACCCAGCAGGCACCGAGGGCAGAGGCCAGGAGAGGCGGCGGCUCCAGGUGGACAUGCGGUUGGGUAAACUGAGCACUUUGGCGUGA